AUGCACAGACUUUUUGGGUCAAGCAAGGCGAAACCUGUCCCGAACCUCACAGAGGUGGCAGCGAAUGUCGACGAGAGAAAUGAAACCGUUGAAAAGAAAAUCGCCAAACUCGACGCGGAACUGCGUCAGAUUUCAACGCAGAUGAGCAAAAUGAGAGACGGUCCGGGGAAAACCGCAUUGAAGCAAAAGGCCCUGCGAAUCAUGCGACAGAAGAAAGUUUAUUUACACCAAAGCGAGCAGUUACAAAACCAAAGCUUCAAUAUUAGCCAGACAGACUUCGCUGUGAAAUCGUUGCAAGAUACCAAGACCACAGUCGAUGCUAUGAAAGCCAGCAGCAAGGCAAUGAAAACGGAAAUGAAAAAGAUCAAAAUUGACGAAGUUUUCGUAAGUGGCCUACAAUCAAUUAUUUGGUUUUUUUGCACCUUAAGGUGCUUUACGGCUUUGGUAAGCGCUUCAGCAAAGGCAGAGAAGUAUGCGGUAAAGCCUGGUUAA